UACGCGGUAGAGCUUGGGAAACAAACUGGAUGCAUCUAAGAUGCUCGUUCUGGGUCUUGUCUAGCGAUUAAUGAGGUUCGUCAUCAUUCACCACACAUAACGUCUCUGACAUUCACUUCGAUUCAAUUCUUUCAGGUUAAACAAAAACUCAUUAGCGACUCAGACAUGCUCAAAUGGACCAAUGCAGCCGUACAAAAAUGCAAACCUUGUGUACGACCCAUCGGAUCGUUCAAAGAUCUAGCUAUCAUCCCUGAAUUUUUCUUUCUCGACCUUCUUAUGCGACGAGACCGGGAUCGUGGACCCCGCGUGAUUAAUGUCACCGAGAGCGGUGCUUUUCAGGAUCAGAGGCAGAGUGAUAAUUUUUUUUUGUGUGUGGGUUGCAUCAGAAGGUGACUUUUUUUCGUUUCGCGAGAAAGAUGAACGCGGUCGCCCGCAACUUGUACGUUGCUUUCCCUUUCCCUUUUUUUCUUGGUAGGUUUUAUGUCAUCGUGCUGAUCGUUCUCGCAGAUUUUGACGUUCGUCGGUAGUCUAAUGAGCAUUUCACGUUGAUCUUUACUUCUCGUCUUCCUUUCCCUUAUGAGUAUUCUGUGUUCUUUGCAAACAAAAUCUAUCAGAAUCG